UGGCGAAGCAAGAUGGCCGGUGGGAAAGAGUUUUGGAAUUCGGAAAAAACUGAGCAAUUCAUAGCAUUAUGGGAAAGCAAGCUAUGUCUGUAUGACACGACAAAAGAAGAAUAUCACGAUCGGAAUGCCAAGAAGAAAGCAAGGGAGGAAAUCGCCGAAGUGCUAGGGGUAACAGAAUCUGAUAUUGUCGACAAAAUUAAGAAAAUGAAGAGUCAGUUCACUAGGGAGCGAGCAAAGGGAAUGAAGCUAAAGAGUGGUAUCGGAACCGACGAAGUUCCUGUGUCAAAAUGGGUGUAUUUGCCUUUAUUGGCAUUUUUAGUACCCUUUGUCAACGCCAAACCAAGCAAGUCCACUUUAGAUCUGUCACUCGAAAAAUUUGGUGAUGGAAUUACUGAUGACAAUAAUAUUGAGAAUGAUCUGUUAGAUUCAGAAAGUGUUGAAAUCUGUCAACCUUCAGCAUCAACAAAGAGGCCAACAAAUACCAGUACCCCGAAGAUGUUAACGAAGAAACAAAAAAAGGAGGCAGAAGAACUGAACAUACUAAAAAAUACAGCAGCCUGUAUGGAGAAAGCAAUGUCUGACCCUGUGGUUAUACAUGAGGAAGAAGAUUUGUUGUCUACAUUUGGAAAAUAUGUUGUCGCAGAGUUGAGGAACAUGAAUCAGUCUCAACUAUACUGCACUAAAAUUCGGAUUCAGCAAGCAAUAAUGGAAGGUCAGGCCCAAUCUGUCAUUCAACAAUUUGGUAGCAAUGAACUGCCUGGUUUUAUUAACCUGUCCCCAUCACAAGGCUUCCAAUCAAGUCAAGUAAACAAUUUAAACACUUGACACUUGUUAAAACUUAACAUUUGUUUACUCUGUUUUGUUGUUUUAUUGGUUAUUGACUGAUAAAUAUACCUACACUGCUUAUCAACAAUGAAUUUCAUUGUAUAGUAAAAUGUUUAAACUUGCUUCCCAUUGCAUAGAUUUGUUACAUGCUAGAUUUGUUACUUUUCUUUAAAGUAUGUAUUAUUGUUGUACAUUUCAUAUUUUGCAUUGUUGAA